AUGGUUGUCACUUGGAGAGUAUUACAUAUGGGGGGUUCUGAGCUGGAUGCUGUUGAGAAAGGCUGUGGUCAGUGUGAGAUUGACCAAUGUGACGGGAGUGUGGGAUAUGGAGGAAGCCCAGAUGAAAGUGGAGAAACAACACUGGACGCAAUGAUUAUGGAUGGCAACACUAUGGAGGUUGGAGCAGUUGCAGAUCUCAGACGUGUAAAAAAUGCAAUUGGUGUAGCACGAAAGGUCAUGGAAUACACUAAGCAUACAUUAUUAGUGGGAGAAUCAGCCUCCCUGUUUGCUGUAAGAAUGGGGUUUCCAUAUGAAGAUUUAACUACCCAAAAAUCUCUUUUGAUGUAUUCAAAUUGGCUUAAUCAAAGCUGUCAGCCAAACUAUUGGAAGAAUGUGGUACCAGACUCUGCAAAAUCCUGUGGACCAUACAAACGGCCUGAAAAAGUAGUUUUCAAAGAAAAACAGACCCUCUCACGAAGAAGUGUUCAUGAUCAUGACACUAUCGGUAUGGUUGUAAUCGGUGGGAGUGGAACUGUUGCUUCUGGGACAUCCACUAAUGGUGCUGUACACAAAAUUCCAGGCCGUGUAGGAGAUUCUCCAAUAGCUGGCGCAGGAUCCUAUGCAGAUAGUACAGCUGGAGCAGCUGCAGCUACUGGGGAUGGUGACAUCAUGAUGCGCUUCUUACCCAGUUAUCAAGCUGUGGAGUAUAUGAGGAUGGGAGCAGACCCAAUGGUAGCCUGCCAGAAAGUUAUCUCCAGAAUCCGGAAGUAUUACCCAAAAUUCUUUGGUGCUGUUAUAUGUGCCAAUACAACUGGAAGUUAUGGUGCUGCGUGUAAUAAAGUUCCAGGAUUCACUCAGUUUCACUUCAUGGUUUCUAGCCCUUUGCUACAUCAGCCCACUGAGCAAGUAGUAGAUUGCAUUUAA